CAGAAAAACUGUAGGAGUCACAGCAGCUCUUCUGCCACCAUGAAGGGGACAUUCUUGAACACUGUCCUUGUUCUGGCCAUCUCCCUGGGGGUUGCCUUUGCAGCUGAAUUCCCUCUUCCUACAGGCAAAGGGGCUAGCUUCAAAGAAACAAAGGCCAUAUGCACCAACUAUAUAAGGAAGUGCUGGUUCAUCAGCUACAUCUCACCAAGUAGAUACCUCUGUGGCAGUGACAAGGUUACCUAUAAUGGUGAAUGUGACCUCUGCUAUAGAAUUGUAUAUGAAAAGCUUAAAAAUGUAACUAAACUGCACAAUGGACCAUGUAAAAACAAAUCCCAUCACUCCAGUCCCGCAGAAUGAUGGAACCACCCUAACCC